CCAUCGGCCAACAUUCCAAAUUAAUCAUUAACUGAUUAUUAUUAAUGUUACGUUUCAUCCUUAAUUUUAUAUUUAAUAGUGUAUUGAAAAUGUGCACCUUCUACCAAUUCAUGAUUCUCUUAUGGAUGGCUGCUCAGACAGAAUGUUACUUAAAUUUUAUUAAAGAAAAUGUCACAUUAACCAUUGAUCAAGGAAUGCUAUUUGGUAAAAAAUCUCUAGAUUAUUCAAAUGAAAUCUUUUAUAGCUUUAUAGGUAUACCAUUUGCAAAGCCACCAAUUGGUGAAUUACGAUUUAAAGCACCAAAACCAGCUGAAAAAUGGUCUGGUAUUUAUGAUGCGACAAAAUUGAGACCUAUUUGUCCACAAACUAUAUUAAGUGAAAAAAAUGUAUUUAAAAUUGAGGGUCUAGAACACAAUGAGAAUUGCUUAUUUAUAAAUAUUCAUUCAAAAAUGUCAAGUCAAUUGAAGCCGGUUAUGGUUUAUAUUACUGGAGGUGCAUUUUUAUAUGGAAGUAUAUUUGAAUCCCGAUAUGGUCCCGAAUUUCUUGUAUCAAACGAUAUUGUUUUAGUAUUGCCAGCACAUCGUUUAAAUAUUUUUGGUUUUUUAGCGAUUGAUGAUCCAAAAUAUGGUAUUCAUGGUAAUAUGGGUUUCAAAGACCAAGUUUUAUCAUUAAAAUGGAUUCAAAAAAAUAUUCAUCAUUUUGGAGGUGAUCCCAAACAAGUUACCAUUGUUGGUGAAAGUUCAGGUGCUCUUUCUGCUUAUGUGCUGUGCUUGUCACCUUUAGCUAAAGGCUUGUUUCAUCGGGCUAUACUUGAAAGUCCUGUCAUGGGAAAUAUAUUACGUAAGACAGAGGCAACUAGUUUUAUGGAGAUAACUACACCAUUAAAUUGCAGUACGAAAAAUUGGAACGAAAUUGUCAAAUGUAUCAAUGAAAGUUCAACUGAAAAUCUUUUAAUUGGUUUGGAGGAACUUUUAGAAAAAAAAAUAUUUUACAAUGAGAUUCUCAAUUCAUCUAAGACUUGCAAAAUAACUUUUUUCACAAUGAACCCUUUCACAAUUGAGAAAAAAAAUCAUAACAGUUUUUUAUCAGAACAACCAGAGAGCAUUAUGAAAAAAGGAAAAUUUUACAAAGUAUCAAUGAUGAUGGGUUGUGACACGAACGAUAUGGCGGUUUUUAGGCACGAUUACCUUUUCCCACUAAAUUUCACAGAUUAUAGAGUUCUAAUACCUGUAGAUAUUAAAAUAGAUUUAGCAUCCGAUGAAGCAUUUGAGUUAGGAAAACAAAUAAAACAAGCAUAUUAUGGAAACCAGACACCAUCAAAUGAAUUAAUUGAUCCAUUCCUAGAAUACGUAACAGAUCUGUGGGUUGUAAAAAACACGUACAAAUAUGCGAAAGUAUUUUCCAAAACUACACCAGUCUACUUUUAUGAAUUCAAUUAUCACACAAAUUUAAUAACGCGACCAGGAAGAUACGUAGAGCAUGCGGAUGAGAUUCCAUAUUUGUUUUAUGAGAAUGGAACAACGCCAGAAAAUAUGAAAGAAACUUCUGAAGAAUAUAUAGGAAUUCAUCGUAUGACAAAAUUAUGGACUAAUUUUGUUAAAACUGGUAAUCCGAAUUCAGUAAAUGAUCCGUUAUUGAAUGUGAAAUGGUUACCAAUUGAAUCAAAUAAAUUUAAUUAUUUAAAAAUUUCAUCAAAUUUAGAAUUAAAAGAAAAUCCACCGGGAAAGCAUAUGAAAUUUUGGGAAGAUAUUUAUAAAGAAUAUAAUUCCAACUAG